AUGAGCCGGCUUCUCGAGUUCACCUUCUCCGGCGGUCAGCUGCGUCGCCUGGAGCAGGAGCGCAUGGGCCCCGGAUUCCAGGUCCAGCGCCUGCAGCCCUCGUACAAGCCACGCGUAGUCAUCGUAAGCAAGGAGAAUGUGGCCUAUGUGCCACGCACCCAGCGUCAGCCGAAUGUGGGGUGGUGGCACCACUCGCUCUGUGAUGGGCUCCUCACAGUGAAGGACCUCAAGGAACUCAUCUAUGUUGGCGAGGAUCAACGAACUGGCGAGAACAUCUUUUCCUCCAUGGCCGACAACCUCGCCGGGCCCCGACUGUCGCAGCUGGCCUGGGCGCCCUCAAAGGACGGGUGCGUCUUCGAGAUGUCUCGGUCGGACCAGGCGGCCUACGGCCUCGCCAUAUCGCUCGUCCGCUGGCACGCCUCCAACCGGUUUUGUGCCAACUGCGGUACCAAAACGGACACGACGCACGACGUCGGCUUCAGCCGGUUGUGCCCCGAGUGUAGGCAGCAGCGCUUCCCCCAAAUUAUGCCCGCGGUGCUCGUGGCGGUCAUGGACGGCAAGGGCAACGUCAUCCUGUCGCAGCGGCGCAAGAAGAGCCAACUCCUGACGCUCCUCUCCGGAUUUAUUCUGCACGGCGAGUCAGCCGAGGAGACGGUGCGGCGUGAGGUGGAGGAGGAGACCGGCGCCAAGGUGAGCGAGGUGCGCUACAUCGGUUCUCAGCCGUGGCCGCAUCCGUACCUGAUCAUGAUGUGCUACUACGCGGUGGCGGACGCGUCACCGACUCUUGCAGUGGAGGUGGCAGAGCUGAAAAGUGUGAGUUGGGUGAGCAAGCAGGACGUCCGUUGUGCACUUGAGGGGCGGCACUCGGACAUCAAGUUGCACGGCCCAGGCACUACGCCGUAUGCAAUGUUGAAGCCGUGGGUCGACGGUGAAGUGGAUGACUACGGACGAGUCAUCAAGCCGCAGAGCAGACUCUGA